AUUCCGUAUUUUCCGUGCGUCUCAGAGGGCUCGAAGGGAGGCUGUAGAAUACAGAAAGACAAAUUAGGAGGCAUAUUUUAAACUUCCCAUUAGUCACAAUCACUGGCUGAGCAUUUUCACGGUGUCUGAUUCUUGAAAGUAAUAUAUUAAAGGCCUAUUUGAAUUAAGUUGUGACAUGUAAAACACUGCUCACCAGGAAAGAAAAAAAAGUCAAGAAUGUAAAAAAUAAAUGUUGGUGGUUGGUGGUGUAUGUGUAUAUGCAGCGUAGGCCUUUAACCGAUCAUGGAUUCAACUAUUUUAUUAAGAUCAAUAAAGUAGGCAUAUCCCUUUAUGCAUUUUACGCAUUUGUUUUCAUGAUAAUAGAGUAGCCUGCGUAGAACUGUAUGUGCCACCUAUGUUAUCCCAUGUGAAAACUCCAAUUAAAUGGUUAGUCAAACAACAUUAAAACAAAACAAAAAAAAACACCAACAAUGUCUAACGCAAAUAAAUCCUCGUCUAGUCGUGCAAAAUCGUUUCAGAAGCUGGUGAAACAUUAAAAAACACGAACCACUCACCAUCAUUUUGCUUAAUUCAACGCCUAUUUCCAAUAAAGUGAUAUUUCUAAAUGCAUGCUCUCUAUAGCAGUGGACUCUCUUAGUAGUUUCUCACAAUGCUCGUGCUACCCUGACUGAAUUGGAAGGUUAUGCUCGGUGGAUGCCGAGCUGUCAGACCUUUGGGAAGAUUGAUCGUGUAUAGCUUUCAAGGUCUCGUUGUUUGGCAUAGCAGAGCUGAAGCGGCAAGAAACUAGCACACUCUUGCCCCUGGCCGCCUCGGAAAACAUACCCUCACAUAGCUGAGGAGAAUGUUGUGGGUGGAGAUGCGUGUCAUAUCGGCAUAUUAUUAAAUAAAUAACUCUGGAUAAUAAAUAAUACCGGAUGGGCUUCACCACCUAUGGCGCGAUCAGCAAAAUCUUUGGACAAGUUCCCGGUAGCAAACACAGACAUGGAUAAACGUGACCUAUAUAGAGUGACAUCCAUGUCAGUACGCACACACAGCCUAAACCCUGGACCCUUUGCUGGCAGUCAUGUUUCUCUUGUCCAGACUUGCUUUUCUAUGGAGCUUGAACGUGCGUGUGUGUGUGCGUGUGUGUGUGUGUGUGUGUGUGUGUGUGUGUGUGUGUGUGUGUGUGUGUGUGUGUCUGUGUGUGUGUGUGUGUGUGUGUGUGUGUGUGUGUGUGAGAGAGAGAGAAUCCGAGCUCUUUGUCCUGUGCUUCAAGAUGGGUGAAACCACUCGAUUAUGCUACAUACAAAUGAAUUUACAACACAUGAACCACUAAAAUCAGUAAAAUCAGUGACUGCCCUUCAUAUUUUAAUGAAUCUGUCAACCCUUCAUGUUUAAUUCGUCUGUUUGUUCAGGAUGCUGCGCUGCCGUUAAGAAUCAGAUCAGAAAGCUGUAGUGCCGUAACAUGAUUAGCCAGACAAAUAUACCAGCUGAGAUUCCUUGCCAAACAGAAGUUGAGAGUCAUAAACGUGAGUUGCACAGUACGGCCUGCUGGUGACGCACAGGUUUCCAGGCACUGGAAGGUGCCACCUGGCGGGCAAAAUGUGCCACUUUUGACCAGAAGAAGGCGUUACGCUAGUAGUUCUCCCUGGUGCGUAAUCAAUAAAUGUUGUAGUGGAAGGAAUAUUUUCAAGUUCAGUCUGGAAGGCCUUGGUGAACUGUAUUAGCAUAUGACGGUCUUCAACAACAAGAAGCCACUCAUUCUAUUUUUUUUCAGAGGAAUACGCAUGCGUUUUCAACAAAUGGCAGUCCAGUCAAGGGGAGCACCGGUGCCGGCCACUCACUGGUUGACCUGACCCACGUGACUGUCACAUUUUAUUCAUAUCAUCCCUGUGAGGUCUCUGUCCAACAUUAUCUGAUUAACAAGAGCGGACGUUGACUUAGUGCGACCUCGCACAAGUGGCCAGACAUUAAUUAGAGUUGGGUCCACUCGACGGUCAGUGUGUCAUUCAUGCCAUGCCACUAUGAGCACGUUCUUAGAUUAUUCAGUGAUGAGUGGAGGAGAUGCCGGUGGCGCGUGCUCCGUGAGAACGUUCCACGCGGAUCACGGAAUUACAACUUUCCAAUCCUGUGCUGUGGCGGUGAGUAAUUGUGUCGGGGAAGAUCGCUUCCUUGCAGGUAGAACAUCUCCGGACACGGGACCUGUGUCUCACGUACAACAACCUGGGUCCUAUCAGUCUCCCGGUAGCUCGUUGAGCAUUGCGUAUGGCGCGCACGCGGGCUAUGGCACGCAGGGCUUUUGCUCAAGUUACAACCAUUACGCGCUGAAUCAGGAAGUAGACACGGCGGUUGGUCUGGCACAGUGCGCGCCCAUCGUUUACUCCGGGAACAUAUCUUCGUCAGUGGUGCAGCAUCACUCCCACCUCACGCACCGGCAAGGUUACAGCGGUGGCAGCGCGCAUCUGCACGGACCACUCCAGUUCGCUGCUCACACGUCGUGCGGCCACGGACCAGAGCAGCCCAGCCUUGCCCUCCUGACUGCAGGCUGCUCGAACGCCUUGUCGCCUCUGAACACGAGCCACCACGAUGCUUUUUGCCCAUCACUGACGGAUAGCGCUUUCAACGCCCAGACAUUUGACUGGAUGAGAGUGAAACGGAAUCCACCGAAGACAGGGAAAGCAGGGGAGUUUGGCUUCAGUGGCCAGCCCAAUACCGUCCGCACAAACUUCACCACCAAACAGCUGACGGAGCUCGAGAAGGAGUUCCACUUCAACAAGUACCUCACCCGCGCGAGGAGAGUGGAGAUCGCCGCUGCGCUCCAGCUGAACGAGACCCAGGUGAAGAUCUGGUUCCAGAAUCGGCGCAUGAAGCAGAAGAAGCGCGAGAAAGAGGGCAUGCUCCCGAAAUCCCCAUCCAACACCGGGAGCAGCCCAGGAAAAGGCGAUGAUGGAUCGGAAAAGUCUCUCUCUACCCCAUCCACACCCUCUCCUGUAUCCUCCAGUUGAGGUUCACGUGCAUUUGUCCGUUCUCAGAAGCCCAUCGCAGACGCAUGAUAAUCAGCACGAGGAGGUAGAACGCUUCCUCCCUGAUGUGACAUAAGUUAUUGUAGAGAAGAAGAACAAUCAUGGAAGACAUGUAUCAUAUGGGAAUAGAUACUUGUACAUUUAUACCAAUGCUGGCUGAGCGUGCAGUUGCUGUUGUGUUUGUCGAUCACUGUGUACACUGUUCAGGUCCGCCUUUUGACUGUUUUUUUGUGGUAGGGUGAUAAUGCCUGUUGCGUAAGGCUUCAUUGUAACAUAACACUGAGUUUUAUCAGUCGGAGAGGAAAAUACUUUUAUCUUUGUUAAAUCCUAUGAAUUGCUUUAACCAAAGAUUACGGGUCAGUGUCUAAAUUAAACGUCUGUUUGUUGCUAUGAAAUAGAGCAGUGUUUUCUGUCUUUCAAGUUCUUCCGGAUGCCCCAGAUCCUGAGUUUUAGGGGAUAAGGAAUGUGUGGUCGUGUAGUUGAUUUCAGAUGGUGAUUCGAGGCCAUUGUCGAUUGCUUUUCAGUAUCUACCUCACAUUGGAUCUGUCGGAGGCGUAGGCCUAAUGUAGCGUAACUAGUGACCAAUUUAGUAGGCUAAAAACCGAAGUCCAACAAAGUGCCCAAACUGAUCUAUCAACAAGACACUUGCGUGCAAGUGUUGUGCUGCGCCUUCAUAAAUGAAUCUACGGAAUGAUUAGAUGGCUGCUGGUAAUGAGGGCCCAGAGCAGGCUAUCCUAUGACUUGACACGCGCAUCCGCAAACGAUUGGCGGUCAUUAAGCUGCGUUGAAAUGGAAGCUCCCAUGGGAGUGCAUGUCUUUUACUCGGCGACUGCACGUAAACCUGAGCGGUAUUGACAGAUUAUAGGCAUAUUUGUGAGCACAAGGGACUGGGUGAGACGCAACGAUGUCACUAAGACUCCGGAUGACAAACAUAUCGAGCUGCUACCUUAUCGAAGGAAAGGGACAAAAAAAGAAAAAACGCGACAUCGGUCUCUCUGCUCUCCAAGCACAAACUAUUGACAGUGGUAGCCUACGUCUGUCUGAUUGAAGCUAUAGCGGACGCCUAGUAGGAUGGUAAUUCAUAGCGUAUGAAUACUCUGUAUAGGCAAUGCUCACAGUGGAAAAAGAACAUUUCUGAGAGCAUUGGGGUGACAGGCGACUGUCACAAUGUUCUCGAGUUAACCGCCGGCACAGAGGCUUGUGUGCAGAAUAUUCUGUCGUUUAGACCAGCUAUUGGCCAAUCCCAGAUCAUUUGCCAUUGCACCGGAUGCUGUGGAUUCUUUCCUCCACGUGAACACACAUGGCCCAAGAGGCUAAUGUUACCAUACAUCAUGCACAGCGCUCACGUGUGAUGUCAUCUAUAGCCUCCCUUUUUGGAGAAGCGACUACAUAUUCGAUUAUUUUGAUUUCAUCUUACGGUUAGUUUAAAACCACUACGACGCCUUGGCCUACCAGGCCUGCUACGUUAAUUAUUAGCUGUUUCACGCGGGGUGUAAAACAAAAAUACAAUUAUUACAGUAAGCGAGCGUUUUAAUGGACACAUUACAACAACACCAACGCUACACCAAAUGCAAAAGCGAAUAAAUAGGCCGAUUCGUGGGAAUAGUUUAAUAUGACGCGUAAUUAGGCCUCAUGAAAAACUCAUGAAAAUUAUGCGCCUAUAGUGUAGCCUAUCAACAGGAAACCGACGUGCUUUUAUUAUUAUUAUUUUUUAACAUAAGCUGGUUAUAUAUACGCUGUCUCCAAAGACGAAUGGUGGACUAAACUAUUAUAAGGUGCUCAAAACUGAAAGCACUUUUUAUAAGGCCUCCAAAAUAUCUAGCUUACUGAGCCGACAGACACGCAGACACUGUUAGACCUAGGCCUAUUAAUAUAGGCUAGUCAAAGGUGUUUUUAUUUUUUGGAAAUUCUAAAAAAAAAAUGUUUGUUGUUUUAGAAAAAAAAAAAUAAAUAAUAGAGAUUUAAGUUUUAUUUCGAAUUGUUAAUUGUAUAAUUUGUGAUUAUAUUUAAACAUAAUGUAUUAGGCAUUUCUACCGUGAUUGAAAUUAAGGUUUGCUAUCUCAUAAAUUGUAUUGAGAUUUCAAAUAUCAAAACCCUAUCAAAAGGCUGUAAAAAUAAAUACUAAACCAAAAAUAAUUUGAAUAUUAGCCAGGCUUCGGUCAACCUUAAUUAAUUCUUCAUUUGUUUUCAAGUGCUCUAUAAGGAUUAGGCAACUUAAUAUCCUAAUUAUUAUUAUUAACUGAUCAUUACAAUUAUUAUUCAAUUAUUACUCAAUAUAGCAUACUGAUAAUAAUAAUAAUGGUAUUUUAUGAGUGUUCAUCAUUUUGAAAUA